UAGUUGCCUCGUCCAUCUUACGUCGCAGCUUUGAACGCGGAGGAAAAUGCCGGAUCCAGCCAAGUCUGCUCCUGCUCCAAAGAAGGGCUCGAAGAAAGCUGUCACGAAAGUACAGAAGAAAGACGGCAAGAAGCGCAAGCGCAGCCGUAAGGAGAGCUAUUCUGUCUAUGUUUACAAGGUGCUGAAGCAAGUGCACCCGGACACUGGCAUCUCAUCUAAGGCCAUGGGCAUCAUGAAUUCCUUCGUGAACGACAUCUUUGAGCGCAUCGCAGGUGAGGCUUCCCGUCUGGCGCAUUACAACAAGCGCUCGACCAUCACUUCCCGGGAGAUCCAGACCGCUGUGCGUCUGCUGCUGCCCGGGGAGUUGGCUAAACACGCCGUGUCUGAAGGCACCAAGGCCGUCACCAAGUACACCAGCUCCAAGUGAAGUGCAGCAGAGGCGUGAUUGAUCGGCUUUAACCAAAAGGCUCUUUUCAGAGCCACUUUA